AGCUCUCCAUACGUGAGAGAACAGAAAGCACACGCAAUUCACAAUCACUUUCUCGUGCACAGUUAUUAUAAAUUUGAGCCAAGAGAAGCAUGCAUGCAUAUCAAUAUCCACAAAAGAAAAUGAAUUCUUUGGAUAUUACUACAGUUGAGAAGCCUCAUGCAGUUUGUAUUCCUUACCCAGCUCAAGGCCACAUAACUCCAAUGCUCAAACUAGCAAAGGUUCUCCAUUUCAAGGGUUUUCACAUCACUUUCGUCAACACAGAGUUUAACCACAAACGUCUUCUCAAAUCCCGGGGUGCAGAUUCCCUCAACGGUUUCCCUUCCUUUCGCUUCGAAACCAUCCCUGACGGUCUACCAGAGUCUGAUGUAGACGCCACACAGGAUACACCUACCCUGUGUGAGUCCCUUAGAAAAACUUGCUUGGUUCCAUUUAGGAACCUCCUUGCCAAACUCAACCACUCCAGACAUGUCCCUCCUGUUAGUUGCAUAGUUUCUGACGGUGUCAUGAGCUUCACCUUAAUUGCUUCAGAAGAACUAGGCAUUCCUGAGGUCUUCUUUUGGACCAUAAGCGCUUGUGGGCUCUUGUGUUACCUUCACAAUGGUCAACUCGUCAAAAAGGGCCUCGUACCCCUCAAAGCAGACUCGAGUUAUAUGACAAAUGGAUAUUUGGAGACUGCCAUCGAUUGGUUACCUGGCAUCAAAGAAAUUUUGUUGAGAGAUUUCCCAAGCUUCUUCAGAACCAUAGACCCACAUGAUAUUAUGCUGCAAGUUUUGCAGGAAGAGUGUGGGAGAGCUAAGCAUGCUUCUGCAAUCAUUUUGAACACAUUUGAGGCUUUAGAGCAUGAUGUUUUGGAGGCACUAUCGUCCAUGUUGCCUCCUGUGUACCCCAUUGGUCCCUUAACUUUACUCUUGAAUCAUGUCACGGAUGAGGACUUGAAAACAAUUGGGUCGAACCUUUGGAAGGAAGAUAGAGAGUGUCUAAAAUGGCUUGACACCAAUGAACCCAAGUCAGUAAUUUAUGUGAACUUUGGGAGCAUCACAGUCAUGACUAAUCAUCAAUUGAUUGAGUUUGCUUGGGGACUUGCUAACAGUGGCAAAACCUUUCUGUGGGUCAUUAGGCCUGAUCUUGUGGACGAAAACACGAUUCUUCCUUACGAGUUUGUGUUGGAGACUAAAGAUAGAGGUCAAUUGUCAGGUUGGUGUCCCCAAGAGGAAGUGCUAGCACACCCUGCAAUUGGAGGGUUCUUGACACACAGUGGUUGGAAUUCAACAAUUGAGAGUUUGUGCAAUGGAGUGCCAAUGAUAUGUUGGCCUUUCUUUGCGGAGCAACCGACUAAUUGUCGAUUCUGUUGCAAGGAAUGGGGUGUUGGGAUGCAGAUAGAAGGUGAUGUUACGAGGGAUAGAGUUGAGAGGCUUGUGAGGGAGUUGAUGGAGGGGCAGAAGGGGAAAGAGUUGACCAUGAAAGCCUUGGAAUGGAAGAAACUGGCAGAAGAUGCCACCAUUCUCAAAGAGGGCUCUUCAUUUCUUAAUUAUGAUAAUAUGGUUCGUCAAGUUCUUUUGAGUGACAACUUGAAAUCAACUUAAACAAGUUCAGUAUGGACUUUGGAUUUCAUGUGUAGUGUCAUAUCUCUCAGCUCCUUUGAAAGAUGCAAAGCGAGCUAAUACAAGUCUAGUCUAAUAUUUGUGACCACAUAUAUGAGUAGUCUGUGUGUCUGUCUUGUUUGUGAUUAUCAAGUUUACAUGUCAAUACUAUUUCAUAAACAUAUCAUCUGAUUGUUUUCCACUCUAGAUAAUAUAUAAAAUCUUGUUGACGAUUU